AUGCAGCAUCAGGACCGGCACCCUGCGUCCACAGAGCCGACCGGUAUAGGGAUAUAUGACGGAGGUUUCGAACAGAUCCCUCAUGUGCCAGCUACACCUGAACGGGUGGCCCAACAUAGGCAACUCGAUGAUGAUUUUGAGCGCGCUGGCCCAUCCAAGCAUUGGAGUUUGGCCAAUUUCGAUAUAGGAAGACCAUUAGGCAAAGGUCACUGCGGGAAAGUUUAUCUAGCUAGGGUGAAAUCGAAGACAGACUCAUUCAUUCUGGUGCUGAAAUGCCUGAGCAAAGAUGAAGUCAUCACUAAGGAGGUCCAAAUUCAAGUUAGAAGGGAGAUCGAAGUGAUGCAGCAGUUGAGACACCCGAACAUCAUACGACUGUACGGAUGGUUCCACGACUCCACGCGUAUAUUCCUGAUGCUCGAACUAGCAGGCAGAGGGGAAUUAUUCAAACAGCUCGCUAAGAAGGGUAGAUUCUCAGAAAAGAGGAGCAGUCAGUAUAUUCGUCAAGUAGCCUCCGGAUUAACGUAUCUGCAUUCGAACCAAAUUAUCCAUCGAGACAUCAAGCCUGAGAACUUGCUACUUGGCAUGAAUGGGGAGAUCAAGAUAGGUGAUUUCGGUUGGUCAGUCUAUUCCCCAGAAGAGAACAGUCAGCGCACAUUAGCGGGUACACUAUCAUACGUUUCGCCCGAAAUGGUGUUAGGUCAGUCAUAUGGGAAAGCUGUGGAUAUCUGGGCACUAGGAGUUCUUGCAUACGAGCUGACAUGCGGCGCAGAGCCUUUCGGAGCAGAUACGUCCAGUGGCCCAAGAUUGGUUUAUCAAAGGAUAUGUAGAUGCGAUGUACAUUUCCCAUCAUUCUUAUCAGUAGAAGCUAGAGAAUUCAUACAAUCGCUACUUCGCCUCAAGCCUGAGGAAAGAUUACCCCUUAAUCAAGUUGAUCAACAACCUUGGAUCUUAAACUAUUUAUGA